GGCGGCGUUCAAGGCUGGGUUGUUGGCUGCUAUGGCUCGCAGCGCUUCCCGGGUGCCCAUCGCCGGGCCGAGGGGCAGAGUUGGCUGGUUGUUGCCCUAUUCCAGUGUGAGAGCAGUCUCAUGAUCUCCCCCCUCAUCUUAUGCCUGGACCCUAUCCCAAAACAGCAGAAGAAAGGGCAGCUGCAGCUAAGAAAUAUAAUUUGCCAUUGGAGGACUAUAAACCAUACCCAGAUGAUGGAAUGGGUUAUGGAGAUUAUCCAAUGCUUCCUGAAAAGUCACAGGAAGAAAGAGACGGAUGGUACACAUGGGACCAUUCAGAUUUUAGGACAAAUUGGGGAGAGACGCUGCACUGGGACUUUGAUAAGUACCUCCGUCAUCGACUUGAUACUACACCAACCCGUAUUCCCUAUAUUUCGAUGCUUAAAACAUACGUUGGCUUGCUGUCCAUUAUCGCACUUCUGUUAUAUAUUGGACAAAUAUUUCCGAUGUAUACUCCUGUUGCUCCCAAACAAUAUCCAUACAACAACCUGUACUUGGAGUAUGGUGGGGAUCCUUCUAAAGCACCUCCCGAGGUCAAAAACUAUGAAUUCAAAU